AUGCUGGGGACGCUGGGGCUUUGGACAUUGUUUCCUGUGGCUGUUCGGGCACCUCCAAACAGGCGGACCUGUGUGUUCUUUGAGGCCCCUCGAGUGCAGGGAAGUACAAAGACACUGGGGGAGCUUCUGGAAGGAGGGCCGGGGCCUCCCCAGAGUAUCCGCUGCCUGUACAGCCACUGCUGCUUUGGGAUCUGGAACCUGACCCAAGGCCAGGCACAGGUGGAGAUGCAAGGAUGCCGAGACAGUGAUGAGCCAGGCUGUGAGUCCCUCCGUUGUGACCUAAGCCCCAGAGCCCAGCCCAGCCCUGGCUCUACUCUCUUCACUUGCUCCUGUGGCACUGACUUCUGCAAUGCCAAUUACAGCCAUCUGCCUCCUCUGGGGAAUCAGGGGGUUCCUGACCCCCAGGGUCCCCAAGCUGCCCCAGGUGGGUCCUUCUGGAUGGCGCUGGUGCUGUUGGGGGUGUUUCUCCUGCUUCUGCUGCUGGGCACCAUCCUCCUGGUGCUGACCCAGCGGAAGGUCUGCAGAGCGCAAGGUGGGUCACGGCCAGAGCCAGACUCAGGCAGAGACUGCACUGAGGACCUGCCCAAGCUGCCCGACUUGUGCUUCUCUCAGGUAAUCCAGGAAGGAGGUCAUGCAGUAGUAUGGGCUGGGAGGCUGCAAGGCGAGCUGGUAGCCAUCAAGGCCUUCCCCCCAAGGGCAGUGGCCCAGUUCCGAGCUGAGAGAGCAGUGUACGAGCUGCCAGGUCUACAGCAUGACCACAUUGUGCGCUUUAUCACGGCUGGCCAGGGAGGCCCUGACCCCCUGCCCUCCGGGCCCCUGCUGGUUCUGGAACUAUACCCCAAGGGCUCCCUAUGCCACUACUUGACUCAGCACACUAGUGACUGGGGAAGUUCCUUGCAGAUGGCUCUGUCCCUUGCCCAGGGCCUGGCAUUUCUCCAUGAAGAGCGCUGGCAGAAUGGCCAAUAUAAACCAGGUAUUGCUCACCGAGAUCUGAGCAGCCAGAAUGUCCUUAUUCGGGAAGAUAAGUCAUGUGCCAUUGGAGACCUGGGCCUUGCUAUGGUGCUCCCUGGCCUCACUCAAGGCCCUGCCUCAGUUCUUACUCAACUCCGAGGCCCGGCUGCUAUCUUGGAGGCUGGCACCCAGAGGUACAUGGCACCCGAGCUCUUGGACAAGACUCUAGACCUACAGGACUGGGGCACAGCCCUCCGACGAGCAGAUGUUUACUCUCUUGCUCUGCUCCUUUGGGAGAUCCUGAGCCGCUGCUCAGAUUUGAGAUCUGACAGCAGACCACCACCCUUCCAACUGGCCUAUGAAGCUGAAUUGGGAAGCACCCCGAGCACCUGUCAGCUCUGGGCCUUGGCAGUAGAGGAAAGGAGGCGCCCUUACAUCCCAUCCACCUGGAGCUGCUUUGCCACAGACCCAGCGGGUCUAAGGGAGCUCCUGGAAGACUGUUGGGAUGCAGACCCAGAGGCUCGGCUGACGGCUGAGUGUGUGCAGCAGCGCCUGGUGGCCCUGGCCCACCCUCGGGAGACUCACCCCUUCCCAAAAAGCUGGCCGCAUGGCUACCCACAAGACUGUCCUUCAACACCUGACCCUGCCCUAAAGGAGAGUGCCUGCCACCUCAAUGUUCAGCAAGGCCUGGGCUCUAGAAAUUCUCAGCCUGCCAGCACCACUUCUCAUGUAUAA